AUGGAUCCUACACGUUCGGAGCGAGAAUCACUGACGAUUGACACAUGCGGUAACGGGGUCGUGGACCGGGGUGAGGAGUGUGAGCCGCACCAACACGGAAUCACGGUAAACUUCCAGCCCGGUGGAACUGGCAGCGGCAUCGUGAACGGGAGUGUUUCCUCGUCGACUGGCUGCUGCGACCCCAAAACAUGCCUCGCCGAUGUGCACGCCGUCUGCGUCGACGGUGCGUGCUGCAGGGGCUGCCAGUUGGUUUCCAGGGGCCGACUCUGUCGACCUGCGAGGGACCAGUGUGACCUUCCAGAAUUCUGCUCAGGAUUGGAGCCGAAUUGCCCAUCAGACUUGUAUCUUGAAAAUGGCAUGCCAUGUCGUGUGGAUGCCAAGACGAGUGAAGAAAGCACAGCGGCAGCGUCCGUGGGAGCUGAGGAACGGGAAAACGCGCUGUGCUAUGAGGGACGAUGUCCCACGAGGAGCAGCCACUGCAAGGCCCUCUGGGGACCCAGUGCUCGCACGGCCGACGAAUUCUGCUACACGUCAUUGAACAAAAAUAUCGACUCUGCCUGCGGUGAAGGCGUGAUCUGCGAGGAUGAAAACACAAUGUGUGGCCUUCUUCACUGUCGCGAUGGCACCGAUGAACCACUUCCGGUGGAGGCGCGCUCGCUAAGCUUCUUCAAUCUUCGCACUCAGCACGAUCGACAGAAGAUUCAGUGCCAAUACGUUGCCAGCACCCAAAAAUUCAGUUAUGUUCCGGAAGGCGCUUCGUGCGAUGUGGGACGCUUCUGCUUUCAAAGACGCUGUAUCAAACCCACGGCCAUUGCUGUCCACUCCAAGUGUCCUCGUGGCCCAUACAUUCCCGCUGGUAAUGAGGAAGGCGGAGGCGAAUUCAUUCACCCCGCCGUGCGACGCAACCUCCCCACAACCCCCGUCAAUGCAACAUGUUCUGGCAGGGGUAUUUGCACAAAUGGCGCGUUCUGCCUUUGCCCACCUGGAUGGCAUGGCCCCUCGUGCUCCCAACGACAAAUGCAGCCGAAGGUGAUGAAUCAAAAUGUGUCAUCGGCAAAGUCGCGUACACCAGCUGCUUUCUCCUCAGUUUACCCAGACGAGGAUAUAUCUAGGCUGAUUUGGAUGUAUCUUCAAGCGGUUGACAAAAACCCCGGUAAGCAUAGCACUCUACACUCUCACGCAUCUACGCAGCUUGUAAGGUGCUCUGCUUAUAUUAAGCAUUCGAAAGCUGUUAAAACAUUACGUUUGAAAGCCCGUGCCUCGACAAUUUGUCUUUGUUGA